UUCGGCCAGAACCACCAUCUUCCAGUAAUUCGCCAAAAUGACCAACACAAAGGGAAAGAAGAGGGGCACCCGCUACAUGUUCUCUAGGCCUUUUAGAAAACAUGGAGUUGUUCCUUUGGCCACAUACAUGCGAAUCUACAAGAAGGGUGAUAUUGUAGAUAUCAAGGGAAUGUGUACUGUUCAAAAAGGAAUGCCCCACGAAUGUUGCCAUGGCAAAACUGGGAGAGCCUACAAUGUUACCCAGCAUGCUGUUGUCAUCAUUGUAAACAAACAAGUUAAGGACAAGAUUCUUGCCAAGAGAAUUAAUGUGCGUAUCGAGCAUAUUAAGCACUCUAAGAGCCGAGAUAGCUUCCUGAAACGUAUGAAGGAAAAUGAUCAGAAAAAGAAGGAAGCCAAAGAGAAAGGGACUUGGGUUCAGCUGAAGUGCCAGCCUGCUCCACCCAGAGAAGUACACUUUGGGAGGACCAAUGGAAAGGAACCCAAACUGUUGGAGCCCAUUCCCUAUGAAUUUAUGGCCUGAUGUGUUAUGGCCUGAUGUGUGUAAAAAUAAAGACCUGGACUGUACAAAUGUUUCUCUUAAUUAAGUAGAGGUGUUGUGUCCAAAUUCAGUGGGUGAUGUCUUUUCAAAUUUAGUGUCUUUUCUUCCUGAAAGAUGAAAGAUAGUUUGUUGUUCAGUAUGCUCCAUUUUUUAAUAAACUGCCAGAUAUUA